GCUCAAAUCACAAUCACUGGACCAGGGACGAUCUUCUUCCUUCCACCUUCGAGUACUUGUAAGAUCAGUACAGAGUGUUUGGAGCUACUAUGAAAUCUACCGUUCUAGCACUAGACCUUCUUGUUCUUGAUUUUGAUGGUUGAGCUGACUUUGUUUUACUUGAAGGCCGUGUUUGUCUUUAUUUGAACGGGAAUUUCUAUUUGCAGGCCCACAUCCACCAUAUUCACUUCACUUCUAGUUCCACUUCACAAUCACUUCCACAAUACAUUCCCCUCAAAUCAUUGUUCUACGUAGACGAGAUCAGCAUCUUCAAGUAGAGUACAGCUACACGUACUAGAAAGUUUGUCUUGACCAUGACUUUUUACAGAAGAAAAAUAGCACCCUGCUCUUCUUUGCCGACACGUUUGGUCGUAUUCUGGAAAUAGCUGCGGCAAUAGGAAGUUUUUUUUUCGAGAAGUUUUGAUGAAACGAUUUCAUUCAAGUCUGAAACUGAAUUCAAAGCCUUCACUCAGUACAGUAGAAAUAGCACUCGUUUAUUCCGCCCACCAUGAUGCAAGAUUCCCAGGGUUUGUCUGUGAUGCUCAGCGAAGAAGAGCAGUUGCAGAUGGCACUCCGCAUGUCCAUGGGCGAAGACGUCCAGGUCCCCCAACUCCCGCCCGCGGCAAUCGGCCCCCCACUGAUCUCCACCGGCAGGCAAAACGAGCCCGACCGGGAGCCAAACGUGAGCGACGAUGGAUUGGAAAACAACGCUGGUGGCGGCCCGGGGACGAGAGGCCCGCGGAACAGUCCCAGGUUUGGGUUAGGAGGGAAUCCUGGGGGGAGCUCCGCGCAGCAGCAGAAUAUGAUGAACACGUUUUUUGAACAACAAAAAAUCCUACAGGCAGCCGGAAUAGACCCGAACGAUGAAAGUAAUCUGAUUUUCAAACUAAAGAUACUUCAGAUACUGACGAAGGACUUGCUUUGUUCAGAUGUACAAUGUACAUAUGCAUGCUUGUGUUAGUGUUCAUCCAACAUGAGCAGGAUUUUGGUAUUUUUGAUCAGAGAAAGUCGCGCAAAAAAACUUUCUGGAUCAGGCUUUGCAUUCUCUACUACAUCAAAAACUAAACAUUCAGGCAUCAUCCCCUUCGGCGGCGAUGUUAAUCUCCUGAACAACCCAGGAACAUCAACUUCCCCCGCCGCUCCGCCGAAAUCCCCCGACAGAAAAGAGUCCGUCGACAGCAACCCGGAAAUUCGCAAGAGCCCGCCGGCUGGCAAAGAAGUGGACACGAGCAUGUCGCGACCCUCUGACUUCGACGAUUCGAGAACACACAACAACUACCAGCAGAAUUCGCUGUUCUCAGCGCUGAGCGGAGGGAAUACCGACCCGAGCAUGACCUCCGCCCUGGCAAAUGCCGCGCUGCCGGGAAACAGUGCCGGCGAUGACACGGCCCCACCAAGACCGCCGAUGGGAACCAACAGCUUGCCGUCUAAGGUUGCGAACUCCAAGCGCGUUCGGGAUGAAAUGACCGGCGGGAACCGUAUAUAAAGAUUUUCGUUGACAGAGUAGAAGUACUAGCUAGAGCUACUAGAAGCGUGUCAUGGCACAGACUGACUAGACAUAAUUCUUGCGUUUUUUUCCUUUUGCUCGCGCUGAUAGUUGCGCGCUUUUGACCGUUCUUACGAGGGAGUAGUUUUGCGUGAACUCAGUAUAUGAAAAAGAAAUACUUUAUUUGUUGAUUUACAGCCUCCCCCGACGGUGGCCCGGUGAAGCAGGCGACGAUAGCGGACCGGCGAAUGUCCAUCACCGGCCACUCGAAAAUCGUCCAGGAUCUUUACAUAGCGCUUUUUGGUGCUACCGCCGAGCCCGCCGAUGUGGACCGGUGGGAACGCGCUGAUUUUCAGUUCGCGAAAAACGUAAUAUUUACCGAUAUUUAUUAUUCCUUGCUAGAUACUGAUACAUCAGUUGCACGUAUAGACACAAGAAAUUGUACAUUAGUGAUUCAUUCUUUCUGUCACACAACAGCCCCGGUUCGCGUUGGUCCAGCAAGAGGGCGGUCCUUGCGGUGUGCUUGCUGCCGUGCAAGGCCAUCUGCUCCAGCGAAUUCUCUUCGGUAGUCCUUCACCCGCGACAACGUCGAAAGAGCCAACUUCUAUUGUGGGAUCAUCUUCUUCGACGAAUAGAAACCCCGCCGCCGACCAACAAGUUAUUUACAAGGAGGACUUUCUGAAAGAUGCGAAACUAGCUGAGUUUCUCCAGGACGACACCCGGAGGAAUCUCUUCUGCGAGGCGCUUGCGGGCAUUCUUGCGAACGUCAGAACCGAGGAAGCAAAACCCUGCGUGGUUAUUUCCGCUACCACCACGACCAUAAACGGCGUUGCCACCGGCACCGCCCCGGCGUCUUCAAGCACCGCGCCUCCUGCAGCUGCCAGCAGUAGUACCAGCAGCCCGCUACGCCUACCGUCCCCAGUAGGGAGCGCGGGCAGUAGUGGCGGUGCUGGUGCUGCCGAGGUCGUGUCCCCGGGCGGAACGAUUGCUCCAGCGGGGAAUGGACCUAACAAUACGCCGCUGCAAAAGGUGCACUUGAAGUUCAACGAGCCACAAACGUGCGCGACGGAGAAAGCCGUAAUUGACUUUUUCAAACAGCAGCUGGGAGAAGCCACGGUGGGCGGCACAAGUGCAGUGCAAAACAGAACUGACACCAGCACUGCUACUGCAACAGGAGACCACCCAACAAGUAGUACAAGCACCUCUACCAGUGUCACGACAAAACCGGCCGGAAUUUUGCUCUCCUUCGUCUUCUCGCUUCUUCUCACUCGUGGGAUAGAGCAAGUGAAAUCCGACCAGGACCAGUACGAGGGCGAGCAGCCCCUCGUUGGGCAGUUUGGCCGCUGCAGUCAGACGCUGAUGAACCUUCUCCUCACCGGCAAGGCGACGAGCAAUCCUCACGACGGGGUGCAGGAUGUCGGUGGCCUGCAGUUGCGAGGCGUCGAGCUUCCGGAUUUGGUGCUAGAGAAGAUAAGAAAAGACUUCAACCCGCAAAACCCGCAGCGGAACCUGGAUGAGCGAGCAGGUUGUACAACCAACCAAGGCGGGAUGCAAUACGAAAAUAAACUUCCCAUGGGCUACCUCUCGCAGUACGAGUACCAGGGCCACUCCCCCGUAUGAAAGUGCACAACUCUCACUCCUCCUCAUUUGUAUUGCGUGAACAGCAAUAAGUACAGGCGUCAUCAAGUUCAAGGAUGCAGGUUUUGCAUGACAAAUUUGGACAGGCGUGUAGUGCUAUUUGGGCUGCCAGACCUUGUUAUGCAAACAGUGCCAAGAGCCCAGGCGUAAACACUAGGCAUUUUGCAUGACAAAUGCGGGGGAGGGGGAGUUGUGCACCCUCAUACCCCGUGGGAAACUUCUACAAGCACCCGAAGUACCCGAUUUGGAUUCUCGGGUCCGAAACGCACUACACGCUGCUCUGGUCCGCGGACUAUGAGGUUUUGAUCGCGAAUAGUUUCGAGGAAAAGAAGCAGCUGGUCACAAACACCUUUAAUGCUGUCGCCGGUGAGGACAUGGCAAACGCGGGGAUGCUACCCAAGGAGAAACUGGACGACUUGCUUCCGGCUUUCUGGGAAACCGAUCGGAUUUUCCAGACGCAAGACCAAUAUCGACUCGUGCACGCCAUGCUCUCGGAGGCGGACACGGUGAUACUUUUUCAAGACUGCUGGGAUCAGGUACAACUUCUACUUACGACUCUGACGAUGUCGUAUGUUUCUUGAACUCCGAGACGGUCAACGCGAAAAAUUUACUCGCCUUUUUUCUGAUUAGCGCUGAUCUUCGCGAAAAUGGUGAUCGUGCCACUAUAGCAAUGAUCUGUGUUAUUUCUACGGUGUGAUCAUGAGUCUGUCCAUUACAACACUCUGGUGUAAAGCUCCUUUUUCUACUUCUUGGAUAGUUAUGGUGAAAUGAUACAUGUUCUUCAUCACAAUCGAAACACAGCUUCGCAACUGCGGCGUCUUCGAGAAGGAAGAAAAACUUCUCGGCAAAUCCUUCACCCUCUUCCACUAUGACGGGCUUGUGCAGGGCGGGCAGGCGAUAUGAGAGUGGACAAGAACUCCCCCUCCCCCUCAUUUGUGUAGUUGCAUGAACAGCAACACAAGCGCUGACCGCAAAGAUGCAGCUUUUGCAUGACAAAUUCCACCUAGAGGAUUGUAGUGCUGUUUUGGAUUUCGGAAUCUGUCACUCUAACAGUGCUAACAGGCAAAGCGCGGAUUUGGGAUUUUGCAUGACAAAUGAGGGGGAGCAGGGAGAGUUGUGCACUUUCAUAGGCGAAGUUCCAAAAAGUUUCCGCAACCGUGUCCGAUCUGCCACCGGAGUUGGUGUCCCAGGACACCUAUGCUUUGCAAAAGUGUAGUCGCACUAGUAGUAAUCGCAAUCAUGCAUGACAAAUCUGGUUUCUUGUCUGAAUCCGCAUGACAAGUUCCAACGAUCUUCGUGAGAAAAUUUGUCAUGCAAUUCAUACUACACGACUCGCUUUUGCAAUGCAUAACACCAUCGGCAACGCGUUGGUUUCCACCUUACGGACCAGAUGGGGCGGCACCAUGCUAUUUGACGCCGAGGUCUUGCCACUGGAGCUGUUUUAA